CGCUUGAAAUAGUAGCGAAGAAUCGUCAGCCGCGUACGUGGCUGUGGUGCAUGUGUCUAACGACGACGACCGCGAGAGACGAAAGGGGGUCGAACGCGACCGUACGUAGGGCGACUCUCCUCGCGGAAUGAGCGAUGAUUGUAACAUUUCGCACGGGCCGUGCCGUCGCUGCGAAACGACAUAUACGUCAUCGACGACGAGGGGAAUAGAGGCACAUCGUGGUGCGCGUCGGUCACGCUGUCCCGCGAUUGGCAAGACGGACGACAGGGCGGAUAGACAAAUGGAGAACGCCACUGUUAGCCGUCGUUCGCGUGGGUGAUGAUUUUGGCAGGAGCCCGGAGAGAGAGAGAAUUUUUUCGCGGCUAGAAAGACCGACGAAAAAGAGCGAGCAUCUGGUGCUACCAAAAAGUCCCGAGCGUUCCAGACUCUCUUUUGCCUGUAUGUAUCAUCUCUAUACGGUUUCUGUACUUUUUCGUUCUUCCGGCUUGUCAUCCUAUAUUGUUCGCACAAACGGUAUGCUUGUUCUUUUUCUGCGACUGGGAUAAGAUGUUUAGUCUGACGCAGCGGUGGGAUUCGUGGGACAUUAUGAAAUUAAAAGAAGAAAGAACAGAGGAAAGAAACUAUAAUAAGAAUUUGUGCAUUGUCACUUAAUCGAAAUUACUUUUAUCAACGUAAUAAAGAUAAUAACGAACUCUUUACUUUGGAAAUACAACUUAUCUCACAUUAAAUCUUCACUUUUCCCAAUAUUAAUCUUUAAUUUUUUGUACAAAAUUGUAGUACAAAAAAACCCAAGUUCAUAAAAUAAAAAUAACAAGUAUACUGAAAACGUAAUUACUAAAAGAAUAUUAAAUAAACUUCGAAUGACUAUUAAGAUUUAACUUGUCUAGAUCUUAAGAUAGCGAAUCCACUACAUAAGGUCUCUAUUGCGUCACCUAAGAACGUGCGCUGCGGAAAAUAUUAGCCACCAGACUAUAUUAUGUGGCAGACUAUGUAGUGGCUUUACGUAUUACAUAAUUCAAUAUUGUGCGUCCGCGAGGCGUUUGCGUAUCGCGGCUAGCAAGCAAUGCUGUAAUGUCUCGCGUGACAACUUCCGCGCGUAUAUUACGGACAGGGACCGCUUUAGCCAGCUGUCAUGAUCGUGCUGACGAAUUCACGAAGAGAAGCACACUGUCGUCGUCGUGCGAGGCUGGGCUGUCCCUUCUCGAUUUCAGGGUGUGCCCGAUGAUGUCGCCGAUGCAUGGCUGUCGCAACGCCGCGACGCGUUAUACCCACGUAUACGUACGACUCAGGGCACGCACGUCACUUCCAUUGUCAACGGGACGCACGCGUGACACAGGCGUGCGACAUAUUACGCACAUAAGAUUUACCACGGCGACACCCACGUGGCAGAUGGGUUACAUGAUACAAUUGUUGGAGAUGAUCGCGAGCUGCAUUUCCGAUUCGCGACUGCUUCAUAAAAAUUUAAAUAAGAUAUGAAGAAAAAAGAGAACGGUAGAGACUUGUAAUUAAAGAAAUAUUGGAAUCAUGGUAUCUGAUUUUUAUUUCUCAGAUGCGAAGUGAAUGAAGAAAGCUGUGAGAUUUACUUAUAUAUUUCUCCAACAGAAUUUUUUCAGAAGAACAUGUUCCCUAAUGGAUACACGAGUAUAUAAAUUGACCUCAGAUCUGCGAUAGCGUCAGUUUACCAAAUGUGGAACAUUUCGUAUAAAUCAUCAUGAAUAUGAAAAUUUAAAAAUUAUAUUGAUGCAGCCAAUGUAACGAAGAGUCGUGCUUGACUAUCGAUUACAACAAAAUCCAACUUUAAUGACAAUUUUACACAACUGUAUACCGUAAUAACAUUCAAUAACUAUAUAAAUUGCAAUAAUUGUGGAAAUUAACAUCCAUGUUGCUAAUAUCCAGGUAGGUAUGUAUCCAAUGAAUGUGUUUACAACUGAAAGUGAGAAAGCAUUCGAGAGAUGCAGAAACUCGAUAAUCAAAUGAGCCAUACUCUCGUAACUGUACCGACGAAUGUAACUCAUCGUGUUCAACCACGAAGAACGCCGCAUCGCAUCGCAUGGUAGCCGGAUUCGCGGCCACAAGGGUUUGGGGGCUGAGAACGCAAUGCAAUUAACGUGGCGUUACAUGACAACGCAAUGUAACGCGGGGAAUCGUCAAAAUUAGUAAACAGCGGGGAAUUCACCGACGGCAACACCCACAUGGCAGACGCGCUCAACAGCGCGGAGCGCGCCGCGUCGCCCCGAAAUAAACCACGUUAAAUGGAUCGUGACCGUUUGGACAAUGAAAAUGCGAAGUCAAUUAACCCGGUAAAGCUGGAAUCCCUGAAACGAUUCGCACUGAUCGUGUUCGAUGGUAGCAUAGAUCGAUAAAAAUUUGGAGCAACGCAUACAAAUGUAAUCAGCGUUUUGCUAGUAAGUCAGUACAUCUAAUUGAUUAUUAAAUAAUACGUUAUAUAUCGUAGAAUCUAUAUCAUUGAGUACUUCUACACCAUAUUACUAAAAUUCAAACAUAUAAUAUGUAAAUUCGUUGCACAAGAAAAAAACAUUUAGAAUUCGGAUUAGAAUUUUAUAAAAUGCAAAGAUAAUUUAGUAUAUUUUUUAGAGUGCAUAGAAUAUAAUACAUUAUAAAAAAUAAUAUGCAAUAUAAAAAUGUAAAAGUACAUAUCAUGUAUGAGAUGAUGUAUGCGUAACAUAAAAUUCACAACAAAAAUGCCGCGAGACAUAAACGUAUUAUCCGCUUAGCAAGGGAAGACGCAUGAAAGAGGUAACAUCGGGGAUUAGAGCGUUGUAGUAAUAGCGGUGAGGCGUUUAGUGUAAUUAUUGGCUCAUCAGCGCAAUAACAUAUCAGCUCGUUGCAAUUAACGCUGUGCGGCAUAAAAGUGUCCGUUAAGCGACGUGGCAGGUCGUAAAAAAAGACAAAGUGUGAGCGUUCAGACGAAACAGUAAAUUAUGCAGAAUGUUUCGUUUAAUCGGCGGAUCGUUACGUCGCGGUUAAAUUUAGGCUAAUCUGCGAAAUUAUAGAUAAGAAUAACACCUAUAAAUUGGACGUUUUCUCCGUUCUCUGCCUUUCUUUUUUUUUUCAGCGCUACCACUUUGCCAGAUCCGUGCGGAUAUAUUACGAGCGGCAUUUAAAAUCCAAUUUGCCGAGCAAAAAAUAAGCACGGAUAUUAACUUGGAAGUCACGCGUCGUUUAUAAUUAUUCCUAAAUAUUGCCGACAAUUUUCUUCAUAUCAAUUCAGAGGUUAAUCGCAGACAGAAACAAACGAUGUUAAAUGAAAUAGAAUUUAAGCUUUGAAAUAGUCACGGGUCAUCAACGAUGGUCACGAUAAAGCAAUGUUCUCGUGUAUGAAGCGUGUCGACCUCUGUAUAUAUUUAAAAAAAAAAUCGAAUCACGGAACCUGUUUCAAGCGGGGUUAUACGAAUCGAUCGGAGAAAUGGACACACAAUACGCUGUAAAGCGAUGGCUGCUGGAAGUUGACAAAUGCGCGUUAAAACAACGAUGAAAUAUGUUGUAAUUAUGAGAUAUAAGGAAACUCAUGAAACAACCGUACGUAAUGGGAUUAUAAUCGCCUGGCGUGGAUUUUCAACCUCGGCAUCGAUGGGUUAAAUACAGGUUUCGUCGCGCUCAAUGAUACAUAUUAGUCCGAACAUCGUUUAGAAGCCAACCACGUUAGAGAAUUGUUGGAAAAGAAACAGUUGUCACGUUGGAUACGCGUUAGAUACAUUUAUGUUAUUAAGUUGGUUGACGUCCAACAAGCGAGCAAGCGAGCGUGCCGUUAUUCCGCACAGAGCACACGCGCUCUCUUCCCAAUAAUAGACGUCUUUUAAAUAUUUCAAUCUCUGCUAUUUUACCGCAGAAUUUACGUCGCGCAAGAAUGGCGAUGUUAAUGCACGUGCGGUUGUACGAUAACUUACCAUAUAAAACGCGUAAAAGUAGAACUUAUUUGGUUUAAUUAAUGGAAACCGGCUAACCGGCUACUAAUGAGAUAAAAUCGAAGAAAUAUUAAACAAAUUUUUCUCCAUACGUCAUUAUACGUCAUAUUAUUAAUUGGAUAAAUCCAAUUCAUUUUACGGUAAUUUUUAUUACCGUAAUUAUAUCUUUAUAUAGCACCAUUAGAAUAUUAAAGAUAUCUUCACGUUUCCGAAUGUAUUUCAAUUCAUAAGCUGUGACAUUUUUUUGCAACAGAAAAUUAUCUCCCCGUCAUAAAAUCUAGAAUUAGAGAUAAAAUAAAGGUAUUCGUAAUUAUUUCUUGAUUUGAAAUUUUUCCAGUAAUGCCGCCUUCUUUUUAAGUCUACUUUCUAAAGCAAAGAGUUGAUUUACUGGAUAGUAAAUCUAAAAUUAUUGGCGUUUUUAUUAUCACUUAAACAUAACAACGUGCCUGCGAUUUUUUUAACUAUUUUAUUAUUUUAAUUAUUUUUCUCCAAUAUCUCUCUCUUGAAUGACCCAAAUCAAAAUUUAAAUUAUUAUUUGAAUAUUAUGUAAUUUUAUAUAAAAGUGUUUUCUUUAAUUUUAAGAGUGGAUAAUGGCAAAAUGACAAAACAGCCUUCUCUAAUCGCAAUAAAUCAUUUCUGUAUAUAUUAAGUGGUCUAACUUUACGCAACAUUGGUGACAAAUUCUACUUCUCAAUCGACGCAUACUCAUUUUGUCAACUAAAUUUCGCGCUCAUGGUAGCGCCAUAAAGUUAAAGAAGUUGAAAAAAAUCGCUUGUCAAGCAUUGAUUUUUGACACGAUAUAAACACAAUUUAUGCGGCACGCCGCGCCUUGAUGUAUCACAUGUUGCAAACCGGCCCGAUCCCUAUCCUUUCAUUCGUUUUCAAGCGUUUGAUUUAUGACCGUCUCUUAUGUGCACUCGUAAACGUUAUAUUGGUUUCCCGCGGUAGGGGGACCGCGUCUGCGACUUUGGGAACCAAUUAACGCCCUAUCAGAUACACUAUUAAAAAAGAAGUGCAAGCGAUGCGAACAAAACAUGUACUGAUGUUACAGAAUCUUUUGAACUUUUCUGUUAUGUGUAAUAUACGAAAUUAUAAAAGGAAGAAUGUCCGUUUGCAACUAGAAGAUGAUACAAAGGAGAUUGAUUUUUUAUAAAUUUAAUAAUUAUCGUAAUGAUAAUUAUCAAUAUCGGCUCAUCUCUUUGAUAACUCCGUUCUCUAAACUGAAAGUUGUAUAAAAUAGAAACCUCGAUUUUUUCUUUAUUUGCGCGAACCUCUGACCGUAUGCGGAUAAAGCGAUGAACGAGACGUGUAUUUGUUUCUUUUAUCCUCAUCCGAGACGGAGUUUAGAUGGGGGCAAACUCUGUCUGUUGGCACUUUUUGCUAGCACCUAGACACUGGUGGCUCAAGCGAGGGCGUGCUGACGUGAGACGCCAUGACGCUGAGUGCGUUCCAAAAAUACGACGGCACUUUGGCACAGUGUACUGCAUCCACAGUGAUUCUAGCGGUUGUUUACAUCGAUAAAGAAGCUGUUGCGCGUACCAUUCCGCACCAUUAGUGAUCUCCUAAGUUGUUCGUGACUCUGAGAGAAUCAUCGAAGUCACUUACUGUCUUCGGCGCUUUUCAUCAAAAACAUUGCGUCAUCUUAGCACCUCUUGGACUAAAACGAAGUGCAGAGCCUUGAAAACCGACAGCUCCCAUCUUUUAUCGGUUAUUGAUGGUGUCUAAAUGAAUAAAUAAAUUUACAAGUGAGAGCGUUCCUCAAAUAGAAUUUUGCAAAAGUGUUUAGAAUAUUCAGCGUGUAAAAUAUACAAAAAUUAUACGUUUAACAUGUAAAAUUACAUGUUUUAAAAAAUUGUAUAUUUCCCCAAAUGUAGAUUUUUAUACAUCUAUUAAUGUAUGUAAUGUUUUAUGUGCUGCCGUGAUGCAUCAUUUAACGCAUAUUCAUUGUACUUAGCGCCGCAAUUCUUCAGCAGAAAUUAUUAUCUCCACCUCAUCUCUGCGAAUAUUUAUGUAAGCGCACCUGACAUCAAUAUUAAUGAUAUCGCCUUUGUUAGCUGGAUAGCUCGCGUUGAUUUAUCGCGAUUUUCGAGACAAUUUGGUAAGAUCGUUCCCCGUGGACGCGCGCAAGCCGCUAGUCGACCAUUCGCACCGGCUAUUAUUGUCACGGGCGUCACGAUACGAGGGCGACGACGAGUUCUCGCGCGGGAGAGACACGCGCGAGUACAUUCAUCCGCGUUCACAGGCCGCCAUGCGGACCUCAGCCCGUUCAGAGCGGCGCGUUUCCACCAUGGCCACGAUUCAUAGUCUCACGGGUGUACCAUUAAUGAGAGUUCCUCAUUGCGGCAACUGGCCACUGUUAUUAUAGCUGCUCAUAACAGUCAAGCAUCGCGCAGGCCGUCGCGUUGGCAGCCGCCGUCUACCGUCUGCACGACUGUGAGGCAUUGAGCGUCUAUUUUCACACGCGCCGCGCGUCGCAAACAGCCUCGCUCCUUGUUGCACGAUCCCGAGUGAAUGUCCAGCGGUGUGGACCACCCCCUGGUCAAUUAAAGUCGACGAGCCGGAAAGAUUUCGGGCUGGAACGGCGGCGUGCUUGGAACGAAGUCAAUCGUUUACGCGACGUUGAAAAAAGGAUGGAAAUCCUCCAAAAGGAAUGAUGGAAUUUGCCAACGUAUUUGCAUUUCAAAUAGCAAUUAUUUCAACGAAUGCGUUUCAAUAUGUAAAAUUGGAAUUACAUAAAAACAGCGAAUGGGAUAGCUGUAAAUGUGGCAAAUCUUAUGGAAAAAGAUUCUAUUUCAUACCGCUUGUAUCACACGCAUUUGGAAACGCUUUUCGCAAAAGGAUUGGAAGAGCGAGAAAUUUAGGGCACUUAACAACUUUUAUCCCUGCGCAAUUAAAAUUAAUAAAACGAUAAUUAAUAAAAACAGCAAAGACCGGGUUCUCUUUCUCUCUCACGCGUGUCGUUAAUUCGUUAUAAGCUCCCGGGGGACGUUUUCCACAAGCCACUUUGGCGCUCUCGACACGACGAAGAGGACACGCUUCUCCGGUAUCCCUCAAGAGCAGAGUCGGCCGUCAUAAAUGUCAUUAACUGAUCGCCAGCGUUUACGCGCUUGAGAGCCGGUUGUCAUCUCUUAACAUGGCGGAUAUCUUCUCCGCCAACGGCAGAGUACGCGUAGAUACGAUAACUACACCGCUGGUAAUUAUUCCCUUUAAGCACAUCGAUUAUCAUUUCAUUAACUGACACCGCCGCUCGACCGCGUAUUCUAAUUUUCUUCAGGGCGAAGGUACGGCGCGUCAAAUUAAAGUGACUUUAAAUCUUUAUUACGUCUCAAACUUGACGUUGCUCAAUAUUCUCGCUUAAAAUGGAUCGCAGGAGCGUGUAAAAUUUUCUGGAUGGCGGACGUCCUUGCUAAUGUAAUAUCGUACCUAAUUUAGUUGCAUUUAAGUUUUAUCAUAAUUAUAACUUUCAUUAAUUAUAUUAACAUUUAAUUAUAUAUUUUCUAUAGAUAACAUAAUAUAAUUUAACGUUUAUAACUGAUUUUGAAUAAAGUAAUAUAUUUUGUCAUUGAAUCUGAUGACUGUAUUAAAUCAUGCUUAAAAAGUUUGACGUAAUAAAAAUAAUAGAAAAAAUUUCAAUGUAUAAAAAUAAAAUUUUUUUUCGUAUUUAUAAAAAAAAUUUCCUUCUUUUUUUGUAACGUUCAAGAUAAGAAAACUUUGAUUCCAAUUUCUCUCGUUUCUUUUGUAAAAUUUAACAAAAUAUAUAUUUUUUCUUUCUAUAUAACAAAUAUGUUUCAAGAUUUGUACGCAAUUUAAAAAAUAUUUAUUUCACGCGUGACUUUGAUAAUGUAAAUAUCGCGAUAUCUCCAAGAAAAAGCGGCAUUAAUCUUGCCUUCCAAAAUUCGCACGUAGUACAGAGAAUCGAGAGAGGGAGAGACAUUACUAGUAGCGAGCGGGUGUUGGAAACAGUACAAAAAGAGAAAUCAAGCCAGACAGUGGAGGGCGUGGGAGAUACAUUUAUACACUCGCAUCUGUGAGCUUAGAAUCGCAUGAUUUAGUGACUACGGAAGGAGAUCGUCGCGUCCGCUUUAAGCGGCUCUUCAGUCGUCCUCGUUUGCGAGAAAUGGCGUUUCGCCGAGUUAAAGCGUCUCAUCGAUCAUAAGUAAAAUAGAUUGCAAGAUUAUCGGACAGACGGUCAAGUACUUUUAACCUUCUUCAUGAUUUAAUUCCGCAAGACUUACUAAAACUUUUAUAAGAGUUCCAUCUCUCUGACGGAAAAUGAUCGUAUAAUUUCGCAGAAAAACAAUAAAAUCACAUUUGUAUUGUAUAUUAUGUAGAUUAUCUCAGAAUUACGAGUCUUUUCUAUUUUUAAUCUACAAUUCGUAAUUAUUUAUACUAUGGAAUAAAUUAAAAACAGCAGUCUUAAAUUAUAAGAUUAAAAUGAUUAAUAAGUUUAGAUGGAUGCUACUUAUAUAUUAUAUUAUUAAAUGUUUAUAUAAGUAUGAGUAGAAUUAAAUUUCUUUUUGCUAAAUUAUGCAAAAUUUAACAUAAAAAAAAUAUCCAAUGUUAAAAAAGUUGCGCAAUCUUUAUAAAGUUUUUACCGAAAAAAAAUUGUUUUAAAACUUAUCACAGAAUAUAUGAUUAAUAAAAAAUUAUGAUAACAUAAAUCUUGACAAUAACAAAAUUUUAAGUAGUCGAAGAUUAAUGUUCGAUGACACGUAUGUUGCACUCGCUUGGAAUUGAAUCCUGUCGAGGCAUGUUCCAACAUACGAGUUGCAUUAUUUCCUCACGCAUUGUAUAUCGCUAGUUACAGAGAUUCCAUUCAUGUAACAAAUGUCUGCGUAUAUAAUCCGCCAAGAGGGAAUCGCGUGCGUUAACGUGCACUUCUUGCCACAUUUCUCAGCUCCGACCCACCGUCCCUCUAAGCUCGGGGUGUCUCACUCAAUUGUUUCAUCUGCGUUAUUUGUGCGAUACAGAUCUUUCGCAUUCGCCAUAUGUCAAAUUUAAAUGCCUGUUCACGUCAUACUGAGUAAUAUCAGGAGUUGUUAAAGUAAGUGAUUAAAGACGCACUGCAAGAGGAAAUAUAUGUCCCCUCUUAAAUUAACUGCAAUUAAUGUGAUGUUGUGGAACACAAAUAUCGUAAAGGCGAUAUCGCAUAAUUGUAGGUGAAAUUAUACAUUAUAAAUGUGAAUUUGAAACAAACACAUUUAUACACUUUGACAUUCUAUAAAAUCGAUCAUUAUGUAUUCCAAUAUAAUUCCUCAUUCUUCACAUUAGGAUUAAAUAUUUUAAUAUCAUUUAUCUAAUUUUAAUGUCGUAAAAAUAAAUGAAAAACUAUUAUACUAUGUUUAUGAGAAGAUUGCUAUCUCUUCCCUUUAAAUUAGUUACAUAAGUUCCUUAUCAUACUUUUUCUAGUAUACUUUAUUUAACUCGACGUGAGCACAUGAAUAAUCUUAAGAAAAUUAGCUGUGCCUUAGAAUUCCGUCGUGUUCUCGACGGUCGAUACUCCGUCCGAUUCCCUACGUCACCGAGGGCAUGCAAACGCACUAAAUUUAGAUCACUAUCGUUGGUGCGCAAUCCGUUCUGCAUUGUCGACAACGACAACGAUGUUUUUCCGUAUUAUUAAUUAUCUUCGGACUGCGCGCGAUUUGUAAGCGCGCGACUAAUUGGAGACGAUCGGCGCCGUCGAGCUACGAAUUCCGACGAUGAUGACUAGACCACGUACGUGAAUUUCGACUGGGAUCACGAACACUUUGCUCGCAUUGCGGAAUAGCGCGACGUUAGACACGAGGGAGCACGUCCGACACAAGCGAGCGUCGCAAAUAGCCGAAAUAGCUAGCACGCAUCCGAGAAAGUCAUGGUCCGUGAAAUAUGUGUCGUUACGUUGUCGAAGAUACCUUUACGACUUUUAAGACUUUCAGGAGUCCAAUGUCGUCCAUGACGGGUCCGGUUAAGCCACUUUUACGGUAAGGCCGUUGGACUCUGUGCAAGUGUAAUAUCGGUAUUUGGAUGCAUCUUUUUUAUCAUUUUACAUUGUGUGAGUUUCAAUAUAUUUUAAAUAAUCAAAUUCUUCAACAAGAAGAAUUGUCGUUGUCAUCAAUUGUAAAAAUAUUAAAGUCUUGUUGAACAAAUUGCUAGAUGUUUCAUUGAUUCAAAUUUUUGUUUCACUUAAAAUAAAUUUGCAUACAUGCAAAUAGCUUAAAAAAAUUAAAUAAAAAAUUGUAAUCCAACUUUGAUUCAAAAUUCAACGUUAACAUGUAACGAAAUCCUCUAUCAUGUUUCCUACGCGUAAUAAUGUGUGAACGUGACAGCUCUAGAUAAUAUUUCCGACGAUCUCUAGCCAGACGGAACAUUUCAGGAAUCGGUAACGCCUAACCAGGCACGAGUCGCUCAACCUCGUUAUUACAUCUCUCGCCGAAUUCCUUUCCGCGUUCAAGGAACGUCUCGUCUCUCUCGGGAACGUUGCCUACUCGCUACGCAAAGCACGGUGUUCGUAAAUCUUUCGCCGUAGUUACAGCCGCCGGGCAUUACGUUGAUGCACUAUUUAUAAACACGUGACAUCGAGACGAGUGGUAGGUGCGGGUGGGCCAAGAAAACCUACGUCGCUACCGCAGUCGAGUAGUUUCGUGUUCUCGCCUCUUCUAAUACACCUGCUCUCGUGUAAUCAAACGUUCUCGCAGUCUCCGCCUUCCCCACUUUCUUCUUUCGUGCACACUCGAUUUCGCAUUAAAUUCCUCACGUGAACGAACGUUUCUCGAUCUCAUUUAAUACCUUCUUUUGCAAAACUUACUAUCAACUAUUCUAAUUGCAAGUAAUUUUUUGUCGAAUAGCUUAAAUUAUACUUAAAAAUAAAUAAAUAAAUAAAUAAAAACUCAACAUAAAUAGAAAAAGAUGAAAAGAAAUAAAAAUUAUAUUUAAGAAGACAUAUGGUAAUUAGGAAUAUUUUAUAAAUAAUAAAUAGUGCUGAAUAAGUUAAGUAUUAAUUGACGUGAACAAACAUAACAAUAAUUUACAAUUGUAUUCAUAUAAUAUAAUAAACAUUCAAAAGACACUCAAAUUGUUAUAUCAAGUUUUUUAUCUUAGUUUAUCUAAGUUUUAUCUUAGUUUAUUGUAAAUAGUUCACAUUUGUUUAAAUCAAUUUGCAUUAAUUUCACGCACGAUCGUUUACUAUGACAAUCUCUCGGACAAUUUGAUAUCUACGACAUUUAUCACAGCUGUCUCCGCGAUGCGAUUCGCCCUGAUUAAAGCGACAUAAAAAAAACGUUUGUUUUAUUAUGCGGCACUUUUGAGUCGACCAACUUGUCACUCAAACUAUAGCACCUUUCGAUACGCAAAAAUCAUACGAUCGUAAUUAUCUUAAAGCUACCGCGGUGCAAUGGUGCACACCGUGUAGAUCAUAUUUCUUGUCGGCUCCUACCUUUCCUCGGUGCGCACUUGCGAGGAGUAAGAUGUUCGAGAGCCGCGAGUGCAUUAAUCUCCAGCGACGGUUGCGUUAAUAUAAUCGUUUAAUACGUCCGGUUUAUUAACUGCGUUCAUUUUCAUUGGCCCGUUAAUUCACCCUUCCGUCACGAACCCAUCGCAAACCAAAAAUCCGGCACGCGAGAAUGAGCGAGUGGACGGAAGAAAAAAGAGAAAGGAAAAAAGAGAUCGUUUCGACCGACCCACCGUUUCUUCGCGUGCAACGCGAUGCACCUAAACCUAACGCAGCACGCCGGCACAUCAAAGGUCCGUUGAUGAAAUAGUACGUAUAAUUUGAUGAAAGCCAAUUCGGAUUCAUUGUAUCAAAAUUAUUUUGUGCGAGGCCAAGAAGGGAUAAAUUUUCGUAACAAUUAUAAACAUUAUAAUUUUUGUUACGAUAUUUAAGAUAAUUGAAAACGCAAGAUAAUUGAUCACUUACGAUUGAUCACUUGAGCUUAGAUUGUUGCAAAAAAUGGUCACAUCCGACAAGUACGAAAAAUUAUGCUGCUAAUGUAUCGGUGGAUAACACUUUCGUAAGCGGCGCCACACAUAAGCGGAAAGAUUAUAUCUCCGCGCGAAUAAUUAAAAUCUGGUUGCCACACUUUCGCGCUGAUAGAUAUUCGCAAGCGGGACAAAUUAUGAUAAUAAAAUUGUCAACGCGUCUCGAUCUCUCCGUUCCGAGAACACCAAUUAUUUAUUACGCUCGUAAUAUUCAUGCGCGAGAUAUUGUACUACCGCUGCGAGCGAGCACUCGAUGAUUGGUCGAUCAAAUAAUUUGUAUAUUGCGUCACGGGUAAAAACGCUAAUGUGACGCGCACCAAGUCGGUUGAUAAUUAAUCCAAAAUGGCGAUCCGUGGUGAAAAAAACGCGUUUACGAUAGAUAAUGAACCGCGUCGGGUGCCGCCGGUCAAGUAUGCAAAGCGAAUAAUACGUUCGACUUAUGCGCGACUGUCGGUUGCGGAAGGCAGAAAGGUGCCCGAUCGGCCAAUCGCAAUGAUCGUGGUACCCGAUGUACAAAGUGCCGAUCGACACGUCGAUUGGUCGACCGAACGGCGCCAGUGUCGCGAGGGUUGUGUCUUUCCACAUGCGGACUCUACUGUCAUUUAAUAAGCGUCCUCCGGGUAUAUUUCGAAGCGCAAUUGAGUCGUGUCCUCGAACCGCGAAACCUCUCAAGAUAGUUGUCGCAGCCUUAGGUCUUUUGAUCUUUACAGGUAGCAAUUAACCCUACGGUUAAGCGAAAAAAAAAUGAUGGAAUUUCUACACAGGAUGUAUUAAAAGUGUCUUUCAAUUUUAACGACAGAUACAUAAUAGAAAAACAGCCUCGAUUUUUCCUUAAUUGAAACGUCGACGUAUUAAUAUUUCUCGAGCUAUUGAACAACGAUUGAGAAACUAAUUGAGAAAAUAAGAGAUGGUCGUGGACAAUUAAACAAUUUAUAAAAUCUCAUUAUUUACUAUUGGAUUCAUACUUUGUAAUGUAAUGUAGAUAAAUAAAUAAAAGAUGACUGGUAUUAUAAUUGACGGAAAUCGAGCACUCUACAGUGGAGGAUUCAUCGAAGUAUGCCUCGUAACAGACCGUUGCGAUCGUAAAAGGCGAAAGAUCUGUGAUCGGCAGAACUUAGCCUUCUUGCUAGUAAGGUCCCGCGUUCCUCUCGCAGCAUUCUAACGACUUUCCGAGCAACAAGAAGUAGUCCACGUCGAGUAAAAUCGCGGACGCGCAUACGCGCUCCGGGAAGCCCCGGCAUUGUCUUAGAAGAAGAAAGUACGCUGGCGAAGUCACGGUGAUUAGACGCCGCGAGGUGUGGAGGAUCGGGAUCGAUGGAUUCCUGGAAAGAGUGAGCGUAGGUGUAAAAAUGCCUCGGUGGGCAAUCGUCACGCUCGGUUCGCCACAUUCCGUCCAACCGGACAUCCCGCGGUGAGGGAGGUGAUGACUCCCCCACACACGUACAUACACAUACACGUGUGAUAAACGCAUGAAGCGUGGUGAGCCGAGUGGUGGUUCCAUCGGAGCGCGCGGCGCGGUGCGGCACGUGAGGAACCGUGUGCUCUGGAUUGCGUCGCUCAUCGUCCUCCCGCGGUGCGGCGUCGGGAACAGCGCGCUCGUCGUGGGAGCGGCGAAUUCCGUGCGCAAUUGUCCUGACGCGCGACAUUUGUUAGGGUCCUGUCGCCCGGUCGGAGUCCCGCGCUCUCGGCGAAGCGAAUAACGAAAUCUUGGAACAGAGCGCGCCGCGCCGGUUUGUUCGCUCGAGCGUCGAGUGACGUUACGAUGUCACGUUCCUAGAAGUUCCUCGAGAUUCGGUUUUGCCGGUGUUCCCUUCACGGUGAAGCAAUGUCCCGCGACAUCGGCACGGACCCCCGCCCGUGAGUUGCUGCAUCGAAACGAGAAUUGGAAUUGACGUAAUCACGGAACAAAGUUUCGCUUUCAGAGGCAACUAAUGCAAAUUCAAUCUACGACGUGUACCAUACGACGGGCAACAACGCAAUUGGCGAUGGAGUAAAGCCACCGCCUUUGCCGUCGCGAAUGAUAUAUCGUGGAUUACGCUCGCGCGGCACGUCGAUUGAAUUUAAUUACGGAAAUACACCGGCACUUGCAAUCGUUCCAACGCACGCGCGCGCGCGCGCGCGCGUCGUGUCGCGAAGAAGAAAUACUGCAGCGGAUAGAAACGAGGAGGAGAUCUAAGUGUGCCGUCGUCGCCGCGAUCAAUGAAUAAUAAAAGGCCCGAACGAAUGCCGAAGCUGCCGGGAUGCCGCCGCUGACUUGUCGUGCCCCCGCUCUCAACGCGACGUUGAUAAAUAAUUAUUGGGGUAUAGACGUGGGCAUUUACAAGCAGGUGUGCGCAUUCGAAGAAAGGCGGCAUUUCGCGACACCUGGUGCUGAUUACCGAACGAAAUCGUCGGCGCGAGCGAGCGCGUAGCGACUUAAGCGGCCGGCUAAAUUGCCGCGUUAUUCCUGUAAACCGCGGCUAUCCCCACGACUGUCCAAUUACCGGACGAGGUGGCAAGUCGUCGUCGUCUCGUCGGGGGAUAUACACGCGUUCCGCGCGCGCGGCGACUUGGAAUCGCGACGUUUUCUUUUUCUCUUACCAGCGACGGCAUGCACCGUUAAGGACGGAUAAUGAGACGAGUCGCGAGACGCGGCCGGAGAAAGAGAGAAACCCUCGCGAGAGCGCGCGUCUCGUCGUAUAUUACCGCGAGCUACCGCACUGCGUAUGCGGUAGCGCAAUUUCAUAUACAAAGCCCGGGGUGAAUCCCGACGUGAUGACCCCAAACCUCCAUUAGAUUUAUACAGUCACAAUGUUGCAGACCGCUCACCGUCGCGAUUCCAAGAUACACACAGGGUGUUGCAGCCCGAGGCGCAUUUGCAUUCAGCAACGAGCGAGAGACGCGAUCACGAGCGAGGCACGAUUCCGCGCCGCGCUCUUUAUCUUGAGCAACGCCGCAAACGUUUUGUCGUUAUUAAUAUUACUUAUAUUACAUUCAUCGCGAUGAUAAAUGCACGGAUAGGGAUUACAAACGACCGCGAUCGAUCGAAAAGUCACGCGUGCGGAUCAUCGGUCAACACAUCGCUGAUAAUUGAUCGAGUCGCUUAUUUUUCUUAAUUAUGCGUGCCAGGAUGUUGUGAGUGUUAAAACGAGGCGCGUAUUAAUUAAGGCGCUUUGAAUAGGAGUGGUGCGUCUCGGUUACGUGACACGAUAUUUACCCGGCCGGUGGUACUUUACGUGUUACCUUACCUUACGCGUGUUAUCGCAAUGCACGUGUGGCGACGAAGCUAAUUAUGCGGGAAAUGUAAAAAAGGAUACCGCGCGCGCGCCCGAGGAAUAUGAAAUGAGCGAUGAAGAGCAAGAAACGAGGCUAUUCAAUGAUCAACAUCGACAGUUGCAUAACUUAACGUGCGAGACUACUUAUUUCUUGUUAUUAUGGCCAAUGCGUUUUCUUCUAAAUUAUUGCUUGAAUUUAUUUGGGAUUCUUUCGAUAUGCUAAUACUAAUAAUAUAUCUCGUAAUUAUUAAUAUAACUCGAUUAUAUAACGUGAGAAUUAGCGUGGUAUCAUAAUCUCGUGUCGAUUAAAUGAAAGAAAUCUUCUUAGAGAGGUAAAAAUAAGAAACGCGUUUUUCAUGCAUGCUAAUAUCCGCUUUUCUUAUGCUAAUAUUAAUUUCACUAAGCAUGUAAUUUACGCAUCGAAUUAUUUCUACAACAUCGCAUUUGUUUGCGAUUUGAAUAAAAUUUCGGGGUAUCAUUUGGAGAUCUUCACUUUUUGAGCGAUCCGAAUCUAGUUUCCGUGGCCUCUUCCUAGCAACGCGCAACGGACAAAAUAGCGCAUCAAUAACAACAGUUCAGUUAUCUCCGGACAGGCCAUCGACGAGCAACACAUUCCAUCCUCUCUUCCCAAAAUUAUAUUCGGCAUCUUGAUAUAACCGAUUUUUAUCGGUUAUUAAAUCUUCUUAGUGAUUAUUUAAGCGCCGGCUUAAAUGUGCCGUCUCCAAGUGUUCGCGUUCACCGAGUCUAAGUAAUCUCAGCGUCGUCGCGCAUUUCGGAAAAUCGCAAAGGAGCCACCGCGAUCAUUUAUCAUCCAGAUCAUCACGGAUUGCGCCAGAUGAUAAGCGGAUCGCUGAAAUUAACGUCGGCGACGAUCUUCUUGCGACCUUCGACUUCUACGAGCUCUUCGCAUGUGGCCUCUAAAAUUCUGACGAAAGCUGCUCAUGAGACGGCACAUAACGGCAUUAUCCGUCUUGGAAUUUCUUCAAAGGAGAUAGAAGAGACAAGAAAGGGUGAAAUAUGACGAAGCCAAAGAUGUCGGCCCUGGUGGCCUCCGCCAUUCGCAAUCUGCGGGAAAUUCGUGGUUCGACGUCGAAAGAAAUCAUGAGUUACAUUAAAUCUCAAUAUACGGGGACGGAUUCCAGCAUACAAAAACAGAUAUAUGCUGCCUUGAAACGCGGCUUGGACUACGGUAUCUUGAAAAGGGACCGUGGUUAUUACAGCCUGAAUACGGAUCCUGAAAUGAUGUACAAAGCGCAUACCGUAGCGCCCUUGGAGCAAGGCAGGAGAAGGCGAAGGAGGCGACGACGUGGCCGUGGAGUAUCGCGAAGGCGAGGACGAGGUCGUCGAGGCCGCAGGAGAGGCAGGGGCAGAGGCAGGGCGGCCAGAGGUAGAGGCAGGGGCAGGGGCAGAGGAAGGAGGAGGAGGAGGAGGAGGAGAAGCAGAAGCACAAGAAGCAGAGGAAGUCCUCCGGCUAGAACGAGGUCCCUCGCAGCCAGGUGCAACAAGUGCUCGCUCAGGAAGCGCGCGGAGGACACUUUGAGAAAUUCCCCGGUGGAGAACCUCCGAAAGGACAUGACUUAUUUGUAUAAGAGCAACCAGACGCCGUCCAGACACCAGAGCCGUAGUCGGGAUCGAAGUCAGACGCGCAGCCGGUCGAGUAGCAGUGACAAGGAGAUGAUUGACGACCGAAAUCGCGAUCAGCCGUGAACAUCUGCACGCGAAAGGAUACUGCGAAUUUUAAUUCUUCGCAGUCGUAUAUCGUCCACGUAAAAUUGACAUCAAAAUUUUUAAUCAUUUAAAAUUUUUAUUAGCUAUCCUAAAAAAAUUAUUUUAUUAUUAUAUUAUUUUAUUAUUGUACAUUAUUUCGUAAAAUUUGAUUUGGUUCGGAAGCAAGUUUUAUAAUCUUUUAAUCGGGACUGCAAAGAAUUAAUUGUUCGACGCGGUGGUUAUCAAUCAGUGACGCGGGGAUAACUCUCACGAAUCUAGAUUUUGUUUUAUUUUAUAGCGAUAAAUUACAGUGGUCCGAAAUGUACGUCGACAGCGAGUCUUGUUUGUAGUCUUCGACUUUUUACAAAUUUUAUGUUUCCUUUACACUGACUAAUUAUAUACAAUUUUAUCACUAA